AUGAUCUUCCGAGCCCCAGGCAACGAACGCUUACACAACGGCUUCAACUGGACGGGGAAGUUUAGCUUCGGGCAGGGGAUUCUUCCCGAUGAUGAUGAAGCGACUAGGAAAGCUAAGGUGGAGAAGCAAGUUCAUAGACUGACAUCCGAUUUCAAAUGGAACGAUGACGGACUUCGAAGAGAUCCAGACAGCGGGAGGCCAACCUGGUUCGACGGGCUUGUUGGGCCACGUGGAAUCACAAAGAACGUUGGGGCUUUGUAUCCUCCCCAUAUCAGCCGCGAUGGAAUGGCAUACCUGUAUUGCGGUUAUGGUCCCAUCCCGCAAAAGUAUCUCAACAAACUGAUCAAGGUUAUUGACAAGGAAGAAACUCAUCUUCCUCUUGAAGAAUGA